UUUGCUAUAGGAUUAAGCAGAUCUUCCUUCAGCUGCUGAAUGGAGGCAGGGGAGCCACCGUUGGCCGGCCCUGAAGGCCCAGGGUGCCCUUUUGAUCAUUUCCCUGCACAACUUGUGAUUGGCCCAGAGAGGAAGAAGGGGGAAAAUCUUUAAUUAAGCAGAUAAUCUCUUGUUGGGGACGAGAGCAGCUCCAUUUCAGCAGAGCCCCCUCCUUGAAUCCUGGAAGAAGCCCUGGCUGGACUGACUGCUGGAGGUUUCAUAGCUCAGUUUCCUCUCCAUCGUUAGACAUUCUGCAGGCUUUGGACGGGCUCAGAGUCACCGUCAACCCUCCUCACCUGGCAGGAUGUUCAUGCAUUUGGAGGUUUUCUAUUACACCUUCAUCCUCCUGGCUCACAUGAGGUCCUACUGCUGCUGGUCAGUGAAUAAUUUCUUGAUGACUGGACCCAAGGCGUACCUGAUCUACUCCAGCAGCGUGGCAGCGGGAGCUCAGAGUGGCAUCGAGGAGUGCAAAUACCAGUUUGCAUGGGACCGCUGGAACUGCCCCGAGAGGGCCCUGCAGCUGUCCACGCACAGCAGCCUGCGCAGCGCAAACCGGGAGACGGCGUUCGUCCACGCCAUCAGCUCUGCCGGAGUCAUGUACACUUUGACCAGGAACUGCAGUCUCGGAGACUUUGACAACUGUGGCUGCGAUGACAGCAGGAACGGACAACGAGGUGGUCAUGGUUGGCUCUGGGGCGGCUGCAGUGACAACGUUGGCUUCGGCGAGGCUAUCUCCAAACAGUUUGUUGACGCGUUGGAGACUGGGCAGGAUUCACGAGCAGCCAUGAAUCUCCACAACAAUGAGGCUGGGCGCAAGGCUGUGAAGGGGACCAUGCAGAGGACAUGUAAGUGCCACGGGGUGUCAGGAAGCUGCACCACUCAGACCUGCUGGCUGCAGCUGCCAGAGUUCAGGGAGGUGGGGAACUACCUGAAGGAGAAGUACCACCGGGCCCUGAAGGUGGAUCUCCUCCGGGGAGCGGGGAACAGCGCGGCCAGCCGGGGGGCCAUCGCCGAGACCUUCAGCUCCAUCUCCCGCAAGGAGCUGGUCCACCUCGAAGACUCCCCCGACUACUGCCUGGAGAACCGCACCCUGGGCCUGCCGGGCACAGAGGGCCGCGAGUGCCUCAAGAAGGGCAAGAACUUCAGCAAGUGGGAGAAGCGGAGCUGCAAGAGGCUGUGCGGGGAGUGCGGGCUGGCCGUGGAGGAGCGCAAAGUCGAGAUGGUGUCGAGCUGCAAUUGUAAAUUCCACUGGUGCUGCGCAGUGAAGUGUGAGCAGUGCAGGAAGACGGUGACUAAGUACUUUUGCGUGAAGAAAGGAGGUCAGAGGGGAAGGAAUGAGAGCGCCAGUAGCCGUAGGAAGAACCUCAGACUGAGGAAGAAGCACUGAGCAUCUUCAUCAUGCUGUCGUCAUGUUUGUACCACUGCAGCUCCUGUCAACACCCAAACUCUCUGUACAUGCUCAGAUAGUGUGUGAUUUGGACAAAAGCUAAAGAAAAAUACAAUUUCCGACCAUCUUCAUUGUCUCUUUUGUAUUGAAGUGGGAUGUGCACAAAGCCACGUGAUAGAGAAGUUUACAACUUUGUAGAAUUUUUUGGUAUAAAUGUAUUUAAGAUAUAUUUUUAUACUUUUUGUUUUCACAACAUUUUUGAACAUUUUGGGCAUCUGAGGAAUAUUUCUCUGACUUUGAAAAUUCUCAACAACAUGAUUUAUUUAUUUUCAUACACAUAAACCUUGGGGAAAAAUUAAACAGUUAUUAGUAUUGGAGUGAUGGAAGCUUUGACGGCAUAAUUAGCUUUUAAAAUCACAAUUUUCAAGAACCCGUCAGGUUAUAUUCCCAUGAAUGCCUAGCCGAGCAGUAACCUUCGUAUGUUUCCACAUAUCACUGCCGAGCUUUGAAUUUAUUAUGAAAUAUUUUGACAUUUUUUGGGACAGUCUGCUCUCCCAUCAUCUGGCUCGCCCUGACCUUUGCUGCCCUCUUGAUGUAUUUAAUUGUAUAUAAAAUGAAGCACUUUGUACUGUACAUUGUUAAUUUAUUGCACAUCAUUUCCUAGUUUUUGCUUUAUUGUUAGUUGUGGUUUGUUUUCUAUUAAAAUGUAAUGAAAGACUA